AUGACACAAGCAACAAAGAGGUGCCCGUCCAGUGGGCACAGCGACCCCGCAACGAGCGCGGCAGAAGCCUGUCUAGCCGCCCAACAGGCCCUCGGCCCGGACCUCGUCAUUAUUGCCCCUGUCGACCAAUCCUUCAUUGAUGUAAACUGGUCGGAAACGUGCUGGGCCGCGCCCUCGUGCGUCGUGCGGCCGACCUCGGCCCAGCUGCUGGCGACCGUGCUGCGCAUCAUCGUGCAGUUCCAGGUCCUGUUUGCCAUACGCAGCGGCGGCCACUCGCCCAACCCGGGCUGGGCCAGCAUCGGCGAGCCGGGGGUCCUGCUGGACCUGUCGCGCCUGGAUACCAUCACUGUCAGUGAUGACGCGAGCGUGGUGAGUGUCGGGCCGGGGCAGCGCUGGGGUGGAGUGGUGGAGGCGUUGGAUUCGCAUAAUGUGACGGCUGUAGCGGGAAGGUUGACGAGUUUGGGCGUGGGCGGGUUGUUGCUUGGUGGCGGGUUCUCCUUCUUUUCGGGCGAGUAUGGUCUCGCUGCGGACAACGUGCGAAGCGUUGAGCUUGUCCUGGGCAAUGGCACUGUCGUCGAGGCUAGCGCUCAGGAAAACCCAGACCUAUUCUGGGCCCUGAAAGGCGGUGGUCCAAACUAUGGUAUCGUGACCCGCUUCGACCUAUUCACCAUCCCCAUUCAAAAGGUCUACGCCGAGGUCGUGUUCUACGCCCCAGCCGAUACACCCACAUUCCUGCGCGCCCUGGCCGAUUGGCAGCUCAAAGCAGCAGCUUCUGACCCGCGAGCCACAGUGAUCGCCGUCUCGACCCUCGGCGGCACCACCGCGGGCUUCAUCUACUCCCAGCCUGUCACCGCACGGCCAGACAUCUUCGCAGCGUUUUCAGACAUCCCUGUCCUUGCAGCAGCGUUGCCACCAACCAACCUCUCCCCUCUGGAGCUGAUGGAAGUCUCGGCCGGGCAGGUGGGCUGGACAGCCAACCGUCAUGACUACCGCGGCGUUUCCACACAGAUCGACGGGGACUUGUAUGUGGACAUGUAUAACUUUUGGGCGGAGCGCGCCGCCGACGUUUACAGCAAAACGGGCGCGAACCAGACCUUUGUCAUCCAACCCAUCACUGUGAAUCUCGCUAAGCAGAGCGCCGACAAAGGCGGCAACGCGUUGGGGAUGGCCCCGUCAAGCAGCAUGUCAUGGUGGACGACUCUGAUCGACUGGGAGAACGCGGCUGACGACGAUGUCGUCCGCAGCGUGUCCAUUGCCACCACCGAAGAGUGGAAGAAGCGGUCUACCGUGGAGUUGCUGUACAUGAACGACUGCUCGCGAGAUCAAGACCCGUUGAGAAGCUACGGAGCGGAGAAUGUUGCAAAACUGUGUGAGGUCUCGCACAAGUAUGAUCCUGGCCAGGUGUUUCAGAAGUUACAGCACGACGGGUUCCUGUUGAGGAAGCUCGGCGUGUGCUAG